AUGAUUCUAAUUUAUUUGCUACUUUUCGCUCUUUCUAAGGCAAGUAGUGACUAUUAUGCCGUCUUAGGAGUUCCAGAAGAUGCAGAUGAUAAAGAAAUCCAAAAGGCAUUCAGGAAACUCAGCAAGUACCACCCGGAUAGAAAUCCUGGGGACAAAGAAACCCAUGCGAAAUACAUCGAGAUCACAAAAGCAUACGAGGUUUUAUCAGACCCAGACAAAAGGCAAAUCUAUGAUAUUUACGGAGAAAUGGGAAUAAACGACCCAGAGCGAUUCAACAAGAAGCGUGGAAAUACUUCUAGAUUCAACAUAGAAGUCGAUUUGGCAGAUGUUUAUAGUGGAGCUACCAAAGAAAUCACUAUAAAAAGAAACGAAAUCUGCAAAAAAUGCAAAGGGACUGGAGCCAAAGACAAGAAAAUCGCCUUAUGCAGCGUUUGUGGUGGAAGAGGAACAAGGACUACCCAGCCAAAUGGAGGGAUGCGAAUUCCAUGCGAGAGGUGUGGAAUGCGUGGAUAUGUAACUUUUAUAUAGUUUAUUUCUGAAAAAUGCCAAGCUUGUAAAGGCCAGAAAGUAGUAUCAGGGAUGAAAACUUUUACUGUAGAAGUUGAGCCAGGUAUGGACAGUGGAAGUGAAAUAAAAUUUGAUGGUCAAGGAGAGCAAAAUCCAGAAUGAUUUCCAGGCGACAUUGUUUUUUCCCUUACUCCCCCCCCUUUAAAUUGGAACAAAAAAUUUUGUUCCAAUUUUAAGGAGGGUUAAGAAAAUUUUUUUAAAAAAUAAAAUCAAUAUAAAAUUUUUUUAUAAAAAACAGUGGAAAUUUUACCUAUAUUUUGUUCUAAUUUAAAGGGGGGGGAGUUAGAGUAAAAAAUCAUUACAGAUUUGAAAGACAAGGGAACGACUUGCAUGCUACAGUCAGACUUACACUGAGAGAGUCUUUAUUAGGAUACAGCAAGGAGAUCACUCACUUAGAUGGACAUAUUGUGAAGAUUGAGAACGAAGGAAUCACACAGCCACAAUCAGAGAAAAUCAUAGAAGAUGAAGGAAUGCCCACGACGGAGAUGAAUUCACACAGAGGGAAAUUGAUAGUUAAAUUUGUGGUAGAUUAUCCAGAACAGUUAACGACUGAGCAGCAAAACCUUAUCAAGCAGCUCCUACCCGCUAAUUAA